AUGAAUAACUCGCUGAAUAACACCAAAGACCAUCUCCCAAGCAAUGUCGUUUUUCUUCCAUGGAACCACCCAGCUAAUGUCCUCAGUUACGAAGCAUAUUUAACAGCAGUGUACUACUACACCACCGUUGUCAAGCCCGUUAUAGUCGGUGUUGGUGUGCCCGCCAACAUUGUCAAUUGUAUUGUCUUCAAGCACCAAGGACUCAAGGACCGCAUGAACCUCUGCCUCUUUGUCCUGGCACUUGUAGACAUGAUUUACCUGGCUUACUCCAUCACAAUCUCAUUGGCCUUUUGGAUUCAAAUAGUGGAGCCUGUUCUUGGAGAGGAAAUCUAUGUUAAAACACUGUAUUAUGCUCAUGGGGUUAACUAUGGGUUUCGAGAUGCUUCUGCCUGGGUGAGUGUGGUCAUAGCAGUGGAGCGAUGUGUCUGUGUAGUGCUUCCACUCCAAGCUAACACACUCAUGAGCACCCGAACCAUGGGUAUCCUGUUGGCUACCAUAGUGAUUGGCAUGCAGCUGGCCUUCGUCACCACACCACUUAAGAAGUACGUGUACCCUGUGUACGAUGCCACCACCGGAGGGACAAGAUGGAAGGUGACUACAUCAGCAGCCUGGCAGAACAGCGAGGCUUUGCUCCUCUACGAAAAGGUGGAGGACACUUUUAUACUCAUUGCCUUUCCUCUGUUCAUUUUUAUUUUCGUAUCAGGGGCAACAACCAUCACCGUUGUGAAGCUGAGAGCCGCGAUAUCAUGGAGAGAGAAAUCGAGUGCCGUCAGUAGUGACAGCCAAGUCCAGCAGGUGGCGCUGACCAAGAUGCUUGUACUCCUUUCUUGUGUCUUCAUCGCCUGCAAAGUGCCGUGGGUGAUCCUCACCGUGGCUCGGUUCAUCUACCCCGAGUUCUCGCCAUCGGGUAGUCAGUACAACUUAUUCCGGGUGUCGGAGCUGGCGGCUCAGUUCUUCGUCUACUCGCACAGCGCCGUUAACUUCUUUAUCUACUACUCGCGGUCUUCACGGUUCAAAUCUCACCUCGGUCUUCUUUGUGGCUGUUCGCGUAAACAAACAGACGACCUGCACAAGACGACUGUGGUUUCCGAAGUGAACAAAGCUAAGUAA